AUGGCCAGUCAACUAACUCAAAGAGGAGCUCUCUCUCUGCUGCUCUUCCUCACCCCAGCAGUGACACCAACAUGGUAUGCAGGGUCAGGCUACUACCCAGAUGAAAGCUACAAUGAAGUAUAUGCUGAAGAGGUCCCACAGGCCCCUGCCCUAGACUACCGAGUCCCCCGAUGGUGUUAUACAUUAAAUAUCCAGGAUGGAGAGGCCACAUGCUACUCACCAAGGGGAGGAAGUUAUCACAGCAGCCUGGGCACUCGUUGUGAGCUCUCCUGUGACCGGGGCUUUCGACUGAUCGGACGGAGGUCGGUGCAAUGCCUGCCAAACCGCCGUUGGUCUGGAACUGCCUACUGCAGGCAGAUGAGAUGCCACGCAUUGCCAUUCAUUACGAGUGGCACCUACACCUGUACAAAUGGGGUGCUUCUUGACUCCCGCUGUGACUACAGCUGUUCCAGUGGCUACUACCUAGAAGGUGACCGCAGCCGAAUCUGCAUGGAAGAUGGGCAGUGGAGUGGAGGCGAGCCUGUAUGUGUAGACAUAGAUCCCCCCAAGAUCCGUUGUCCCCACUCACGUGAGAAGAUGGCAGAGCCGGAGAAACUGACUGCUCGAGUAUACUGGGACCCACCCUUGGUGAAAGAUUCUGCUGAUGGUACCAUCACCAGAGUGACACUUCGGGGCCCUGAGCCUGGCUCUCACUUUCCCGAAGGAGAGCAUGUGAUUCGUUACACUGCCUACGACAGAGCCUACAACCGGGCCAGCUGCAAGUUCAUUGUGAAAGUGCAAGUGAGACGCUGCCCAACUCUGAAACCACCACAGCAUGGCUACCUCACCUGCACCUCAGCAGGGGACAACUAUGGUGCCACCUGUGAAUACCACUGUGAUGGAGGUUAUGAGCGCCAAGGGACCCCCUCCCGGGUCUGCCAGUCCAGCCGCCAGUGGUCAGGAUCACCUCCCAUCUGUGCUCCUAUGAAGAUUAAUGUCAAUGUCAACUCUGCUGCUGGCCUUCUGGAUCAGUUCUAUGAGAAACGGCGUCUCCUCAUCGUCUCAGCUCCUGAUCCCUCCAACCGAUAUUAUAAAAUGCAGAUCUCUAUGCUACAGCAAUCCACCUGUGGACUGGAUCUACGGCAUGUGACCAUCAUCGAGCUGGUGGGGCAGCCACCUCAGGAGGUGGGGCGCAUCCGGGAGCAACAGCUGUCAGCCAACAUCAUCGAGGAGCUCAGGCAAUUUCAGCACCUCACUCGCUCCUACUUCAACAUGGUGUUGAUUGACAAGCAGGGAAUUGACCGGGAACGCUACAUGGAACCUGUCACCCCUGAGGAAAUCUUCACAUUCAUUGAUGAGUAUCUACUGAGCAACCAGGAGCUGAUCCAGCGCCGGGAGCAAAGGGACAUAUGCGAGUGAUCUUGAGCCAGGGCAUGGCUGAGGUCAAGGGAAAA